AUGGAGAGCAUAGCACUUUACGACCAAGUCUCCCAAAUCAUUUCGGCAGUCGAGUCAACAACACUCUUUACAUCUAUUACACCUCGUCUGGUGCCGCAAACCGAGGCUGCAAGUGGGGUUCUACCAAGACCGACGGUCACAGUCACAUCGGAGAGCACUGCCGAGGACGCUGGGGAUCACAAUGGGGGUGGCAUUAAGUUUAUUGGGGCUGUCGAGAUUGCCAUUGCCUUUGGCAUUUUGGUCGCCUUGACCAUCCUGGUUGCAAGCAUCAUCCUCUGCACAAGACACAGAAAAGCAAAAAAGAACCGCGCAGCACAGCGACAAAUGCCCAAGAUGAUGGACGAGAAGCUGCAAGAGGUAUCAGGACACGCUCCACCGACGGCAGCCAGGUUACCAGAGGCGAUAUGGCCGCGAAUGGGGGACAAGAAUCAAAAGGUGCACGACUACUGGCACAACGAGUCGUCACACCGAACGCAGGGGUGGAAUCAGCCGCCGCAGGCCGGCAUGCAGACUGGUCCGCCUAGAUAUAGAUAG